AUGACUCAAAAUUUGCUAAAAAGAGUUUUAAAUAAACCUUACAUGAGUAAGAGUUUACCUAUAAAGGGGAACAAAUUUGAUGGAAAAUUUGUAUUUUCAACUUUUAAAAAUAAAUAUAAUUGUAACAUCAAUUGGGGAUGUUCAUAUUUUCACAGAAAUGUAGUAAGACCAUUUGAAAAUUACCAUCCUUAUAUAUUUUUUUUGAAGAAACAAUUCGUUACAAACAACAAGGGCGAAAAUAGUCAUAAUAAUAAAAACGAUAAUGAUAUAACAUCAUUAUCAGAAUGUGAAAGAAACAUAGAAAAAAAAAAAAUAAUAAUAAAUAGGGAAGAACAAAACAUAGUUGAGCUUCAAAACACAACAAAAGCUAAUGUAUCACAAAUAGAUCAUCAUGAUAAGGAAAAACAAAACGAUCCAAUUGUAGUACCUGUAAAUGAUGAUAACCAUCAUCUUGUUAACUCUGAAAUGAUUAAGCUAAAAGGAAAUGAAAUAAAUAAUGGACAUUUAUCUGUUGAAGAGGGAAAGACACGAAAAGAUAAAGAAUAUAUGGUUAUAAUGUUUACUUGUAAAAUAUGUGAAAAGAAAACAGCUAAAAAAUUUUCAAAGCAAGCUUAUUAUAAUGGCGUUGUAAUUAUAAGGUGUCCUUCAUGCGAAAACCUUCACUUGAUAUCAGACCAGUUGGGCUGGUUUCAAGAUGGAAAAACGAACAUAGAGAAAAUUUUGCAAGAGAAGGGGGAAAAGGUUAUUAAAAAGUUUUCCUACAAUAACCUGCUAGAAAUUGACGAUUUGUUGAAUGCUUACAAGUGA